AAGGAAACGGUACGUUUACUCUGUUACUCAAUCUUCACUUAUUGACAGAUUCACGGCGCACGAGCCCUAGCUCUUAUCCGUGCCGUUGAAUCUCGCCGUCCGGCUGCUGCUGUUAGUCGACGGAGCUCUCCUACUAUUCAAAACAGAAGCUAUGAAAUCGUUCAAUAUAAAUGGAACCACUCUUUCUGUUGCACUCUACACUGACGUAACAAAUUCAAAAGAACUCUUGGAAAGUAUGCAAGCCGGGACAUUGGAGCCAGAAGUUGCAUUCCUCAAUGCUUUACUUAUUCCAGAUAUUUUCCCUGUUCUAGCAGCUGCACACAAAACACUUGUAGCCAAGUCUCGAGACUCUUUGACCACACGCACUCUUCAUUCAGAGCUUGUUUACAACUACUCAGGGUCUAAGCAUAUUACUGAAUCUUUGAAAAGAUGCGGCAUCUCUGACAGCACAACUUGUAUCCUUGCUGCUCGAUUUGAUGCUAGUCCUGAUGAGAUAAAAGCUAUAGGGAAGCUCAUUAACGGCAAAGAGAUUGACCUGGAGGAGCUAGAAGGGAGAGCAAACCAAUCCCAGAUACAAAAGAUUUACAAGAUAUCUUCCUCGGAACUUGGAGUAUCAUCACUUGCUGAUGCAAUAACUUGUCGUAUAGCUGCUCGUGAUGCCCUGUGAGAAGAAUGAACGUGAUCUGCUUGAGUUUUCUUAUCUCCUUGAUCUAUUGCAGAAAAUGUCAUGAAAUUUAUAAGAAAGCUUCAGGCUACCUUUAUAUAUACUUUAGCUUUCAUGUGCUGUAAUGCUGAUGUAUUUUUUUAUUAUCAUUCUUACUGCAGUAACAUUUCUUAUGGAAAAUAAAAAAGUAGAUGGUCAUUUGAUCUGGUAUAUGCUUACUGGUCAUGAAAUGCAUGCUGUAAAAAAAUAAAUGAUACUUCUUGAGUUCUUCA